AUGAGAUUGGGCAUCGCUGUGGAGCGAGUGGCAGCUGCAGAUUUGACACCGGACAGCUUCGUGCAGAAGUACGUUGUGGAGAAUACGCCUGUCAUAUUGACAGGGGCGCUUCCGAAAUCAUGGGAGACUGCCCUGUCAUGGACACCGGAACGGCUCCUAGAAAUGGCGCCGACGGAUGCCGUGGUGAAAGUGGCGCCUUUGCCCGCCGAUGGACGGGACAAAUGGGUGGAAAGCGCCGACCUUUGGCCAGAUUCCAACGAAGCAGAGCCACUGCCAGGAGUGGUGCGCUCUGAUGUUGUGCUGGCCGUUGCAGCCUCGCGCAUUGAGGUACCCAUGUCUGACUUCGUUGCGUCGCUUAGGGGUCAUCAAGCCAUGCCGGCCUGCUAUGCGGACGGGGCCGGCAACAUGCAGCAUUCCUUCUCGUUCCUGCAGUCUCAGCUGGAAGGCUUCCCGCCUCUUGGUGAGUCACUGAUCUUCAACCGCACCGACAUGUGGCUUGGUGGAAAAACUUUGUCGACAUUGCAUUUCGACAACUACGAGAACCUCUUUGUGCAGCUGGUAGGCGAGAAGGAGUUCGUCCUGUGCCCACCUGGAGAUACAGACCUUCUGGUGCACGGUCGCCUACGGAAGGCUUACGCCACCUGGGAGCAAAGCAAAAGUGGGGAGGGGACCCCUGGCACCUUCAAGCGGACGUCCAGUGGCCUUUCGAGCGAAGCGGUCAUGAACUAUGCCGCCUAUGAUCUCGACAACCCUCCUUCCGAGUACGCCGAGCAAGCUGCAAAGUUGAGACGUACAGUUGUAACUGUUCGCCCAGGAGAAGUCCUGUAUCUGCCAUUCGCGUGGUGGCACCAGGUCCAGGCUUCUCCGGCCCGCUGUGGCCUCUGCGCCUCUGUUGCUGCUUUCUUUGCGCCAGAGGGCUCGGAAAACGGUGAAGCACGCGUGCAAAGGGGCAUUGCGCUUGGAAGCAGCGGCCGUGGAUGCAGCAGCCGAUGGUGGUGGUGGUGGUGGUGUUGGUAG